AUGACUGGCGACGUCUCGCGCUCAGACCAGCGUCUGCACGAGCUCGGCUACAAGUCCGAGUUCAAGCGCGAUAUGUCGCUCUUUGGCGUCCUCGGAAUCUCCUUCUGCGCCAUCGGUAUCCUUACGGGUAUGAGCAGCGCGUUCCAGACGGGGUUGUUCUCGGGAGGACCUCUUGGGCUUUUUUGGGGCUGGAACAUCUGUAGCAUCUUCAUGAUGCUCAUUGCCAUGUCUUUGGCGGAGAUUUGCAGCGCCUAUCCUACGAUGGGUGGUCUGUAUUUCUGGGUGUGCAAGAUGAAGCCGGACAAACCUAUGCUUGGCUGUAAGUUUACGGGAUGGGUGUAUAGCAUCGCCAUGACGUUCACGGGAACAUCGGGAAACCUCAGCACCGCUCUCUACCUCGCAUCCAUGGCCGAGGUCGGCACUGGCCGCAUCCUCACCCGUGUCGAGAUCACUGCCAUUGCUUGGGGUGUCAACAUUGCGUCCGGAAUCUUGAAUACCAUCGGCACCAAGGCGAUCGGCGGCAUGAGCAACUUCUACAUUUGGUGGACGCUUGCCGGCACCGUUGUUCUCGUCAUCACCCUUCUCGUCAAGGCCCCCACCCACAACUCAGCCGAGUUCGUGUUCACCGACUACGAGAACUUCACAGGCUGGUCCAACCGCGGAUUCGUUGUUCUCCUCGGUUUCCUCCAAGCCGUCUACACGCUCGAAGGCUGCGAGACCGCCGCCCAGGUCGCAGAAGAGGCCAAGCGCGCUGAGUUCCUCGCCCCCAUGGCCGUCAUGGGCUCCAUCGCCGGCUCGUGGCUCAUCGGGCUCAUCUACAUGCUCUCCCUCCUCUUUUCCGUCCAGAGCAUCGACUCGGUCGCAGCCACCGCAUACGCCCUGCCGAUCACCCAGUUGUUCUACGACGCUGUGGGUCCGAAGCUGACGAUCGUCUGCCUGACGGUGGUAUGCGUGAGCCAGUUCAUGGCCGCCGCGACCGCGUUCACCGCGAGCUCGCGCCUUUUCUACGCGCUCGCGCGUGACAACGCGUGCCCCGCCAAACGCCAGUUCAUGGCGCUCAACCGCUUCCAGGCGCCGUACGUCGGUGUGUGGACUUCGGUCCUCAUCGGGUGCAUCAUUUCGUGCGCAUACAUCGGCUCUGCCGUUGCCUUCAACGCCAUCCUGUCGUCCGCGGCGAUCGCCGUCAUGCUGAGCUACGUUCAACCGAUCACCAUUCGCGUGUUCUGGCCCGACGAGUCCCUCCCUGAGAAGGGGCCGUUCCACCUCGGCAGGUGGUCCUGGCCCGUCAAUGUCGCGAGCUUCUGCUUCACGAUCUUCAUCUGCGUCCUCUUCGUCCUGCCCACCGCGCACCCGACGACCGCGCUCAACAUGAACUACGCGAUCGUGGCCAUCGGCGGCGUCAUCCUCCUCGUCGGCCUCGGCUGGUUGUUCUGGGGCCGCUUCCGCUUCGUCGGCCCCGUGCGGACUGCAGAGGAGGAGAGGGCUGCGGCGGCGGGGGCGGUCGAGCAGGAGGACGAGAAGAAGAGGUAA